GGUAUAGUUUGCAGUGGCCUGAGCUCGAAUGUUUAAUCACACAAGAAAUAAAUUAAUCAACCAAAUAUCACCACUCCCCACUCCCCCACAAAGAGAAAUUUAUAGCAGCUUUUGCGCCUGGUGUUUGUGAAGACAACGAAGAAAAUGGCGGAGUUUUUUCUACACAAAAGUUCUCCAACGUACUUGCACCCUGAAAAUGCAGAUGUGAUGAGCAUUAGCCAGUUUAUGGCACAAAAUUUAAGACAACCUCCUCCACCAAUACCUCCACCUCCAAAGCACACAUUUGAAAUUUCAGAAGGAGAAAGUGUAGAGAUUGAAAAAAUUGUUGCAGCGGAGAAGAAGGAUGGACAGUUGUAUUACAAAGUAAAAUGGGUGAAGUACACUUGGGAAGCUGAAGAGAGCAUACAACAUCUACCACAUUUAAUUGAUGGUUACUGGAGAGAGCAUUUUUAUCAAAACAUCAACCAAGCUGCCAUAGACACAACUGGUAUUAGCUUGGUCAGUAAUGAGAAUGAUUAUGCACGCAAUAAAUCAGUUGUUGUUAAUCCACAUGACAAUAGAGAAGUGCAAAAACACGUUGGUGGAAACAUCGUUACAACACCAGCAGAAAACCAAGAUGUCAACAAUCCAAAUGUCACAACGCCAACAGUUACAGAGGGCAAUGACGUCAUUCUUGAGUUUACAAUGGGACAACAAGGAAAACCAAUGGAAACCUUUCAAAACCGUGUUCAGUUAAAUGUUGAGAAAAAAGCACGCCGUGCCUAUCCAUUGGAAAGAAAAUACUUGUGCAAUGUGUGUAACAAAGCAUUCGAUCGAAACACAUCGUUGACUCGACAUAUGCUUGUACACACACGUGAAAAGCCAUUUAAAUGCCAACUGUGUGAUAAAGCCUUUAGUCAAAAUGCACAUUUGAAACGUCACAUUUUGAUUCAUAUUGGUCAAAAAUCUUACCAGUGCAAUAAAUGCGGCAAGAUGUUUAUCGAAAAGGGAGGAUUGGCCAGACACGAGGCUACUCAUAGCACUGAAAAGCCAUGGGUAUGCAACCAAUGUGGCAAAUCUUUUGUCUUAAACGAGUAUCUGCAGCGACAUUUAUUUUUACAUACUGGUCAAAAGCCAUACCAGUGUAACGAAUGUGGACGUCUGUUUGCUGAUGGUUCCUCGUGGAGAGCUCACAAACUCACUCAUAACAAAGAAAAGAAGUACAAAUGUCACAUUUGCUCUAAAAUGUUGAAAUGUAAACGGAACUUUAAAAAGCAUGUACAAGCCCAUGAAGAGGAAAAAGAGAUGAAGCAUAACUGUGAUGUGUGUGAUUUAAGAUUUCCAAAUAAAAAGCUACUCAAGGAUCAUCUACGGAAGGCUAGGAAAAACCACAGAUGCAAGGUUUGUAACAAACUUUUGCGAACAAGAGAUAAAUAUGUGACUCACAUGGCCACCCAUGAUCCGAAUUCCGCCACCUACAACCCUGAAGUAAAAAUGGCUGACCCUGAAGAAGACAAAGAGGAUGAAAAAGAAGAUGGCGAAGAUGGAAGUAUGAAAUCUGAUGAUGACCAGAAGUCGGACGGAGAAAAUCAAGAAAAAGAAGAAGAAGAGGAGGAAGAAGAAGAAGAGGAAGAUGAUGAUGAAAGCAAUAAUGUGGCACGUGAGGAAGGUGAGGUGCUUUUAGACAAGAUUUUAAAAUCGAAUCCCGAUGCAGCCAUUAGUCCAGACAAUCCUGGUCAAGUGACGUCUCCAACAGACUCGUGUCCGUCAACUUUCACGACCCUAAUUUUGAAAGCAGAACAUCUUGAAAAUGCCUGUUCCUCGACACCGGACACGCCUGAUAUAAGUAUUGAGACACCCACAACUGUGUCCAGUACUACUGAAGCAGCACUUGUAGCUGCCAUUAGUGGUUCUACUGGUCUCACAUUACCUAUUGGUACUGGAAGUGUCGCUCCAUCGGUCGACGUUGCUAAUUCGCGACAGAACACAAUUGCAGCAGCUAAUAACGUCAUCACAAAUAUCGUUGUUGCUUCUGCUCAGGCAGCAUCCAUGGCGUCAGUUCCUAUAGAGAUGCCGAAUACUGACACUUUGAGUGUAUCUCAAGAACAAAUUUCUGUCGCUGUUGUACCAGGUCAUGAAAGCACCAUUGGCUUGCCUGUUACGAAUGAGGAGCAGUCGAUCGCUGUACAAAACGACGCAACUUCCGUUGUCUCUUCUGGCGUAAACAUGUUACCGAACACUGCGACAGAUGCGGACGUGGCGGAAACAAUCAUUUUAAUAACACAGAAUAAUGACGUGGAUAUGCCAGAACAAAUGUAAUAUACCGAGUUAACUGACUUUCUGUUCUUUUCACGAAGCUGCCACUCCUGUAAAUUUUAGAACGUAAGUGCUGACAAAUGUCGUCAUUUGCAUGAUAUGUAUUUUGGAAUUGAUUUAAGCCUUUAAAGUAUUUUGACACGCCAAAUAAAUUUUGUUCAUUUGUAGAAAUCUUGGGAAAUGUGAACACUUGCUUACAUUUUCAGUAACAAUUACUAUUAAGACGAGUUUCACUUUAAUACAAAUUAUAUUUAUAAAGUUCUAUUGUCGUUUAUUUCCGCACAACUUCUUUUGUUUGUUCGUUUUUUUGUUUUGCCGACCAUUUUAAAAUUGAAACUUUUAGUUUUUAACUGAAGAGAUCUUUUGUAAAUACAAACAUGUAUUUCUCUGACACUCCUUUGCAUAAAUUGUAAAUUUUCACGUAAAAUGUUAAUUUACCAACAAAAGUAACGAAGUUGUUAGGUGACGAACAUUUUGCCCGACGAAUUGUGUAUCUGAGUCUCAUAUACACGACACGCUUUUUUAUAUAAGAAUAUGUUGUAUAAAAUUAUCAGGCUGGGAUUCAGGUUAUAAACAAUAGGUCAAUUGUUAAGAACAAUAGAGAAAUAAGGAUAAGAUUAGCCUGGUUGGAAUUUUAAUAUUCUUAUAAAAAGCAUGUAGUUGUUUUAUGUGUUUUUACUGUCUCCAUGGCAAAGGACAACUAUUUCGGCCAACAAAGAUUUUAUCCGAUAAUUUUCUGUGUCCAAGAGUACGUACAUGUGAUUGUAUAGUUUCUGUAAUAUAUUUUGCUUUCGUAUAGUUGACCAUAGAUGUUAUCAAACUGCGAUAUAUACAUACUGUAAAUAGUUGAUAUAGUUUUUGGAUGAGAAAAAGGUUACUAAUUUUAUUGA